UCUUUGUGGUGUCUUAUUUGUAAUGUAAUGUAAAAUACUAAAAACAAUUCUUGGGUUUUAAAGCACUAUAAUUCUGGGGCAAUCCAUAGGCCAUUUAGCCCAAAUAUGCAGAGAGUUAUAACCUACUGGCUCUUUUCCUUUUUUCUGCUUUGACAACCCUUAUGCAAGCAAGAAGAUGGAACCACAAAACCCACCUCCCAAGAUUGCUCGCCUUGCAGACAAUGCCACUAGCCGGACAAGUUGUAGAGAAGUGUCACCCCCAACUGGACUCGGGCUCAGCCUCGAGCUUGGUCAUCAUCGGUCAAGUAACCGACAUGGCUGCUCAAAAUCAUCUGGUUUUACCUUCCUCCAGAUGCAAGAGUUAGAGCAACAAGCUCUAAUCUACAACUAUAUUGAAGCUGGACUUGCUGUGCCUCCUCAUCUGGUUCUUCCCAUAUGGAAGAGUUUUGCUGGCUAUUUGAGUAGUGUGAAUGGUGCUUGUCUGCAACAGCAAUAUUUCGCUAAUUUAGUCAUGGGCCAUAGUCCCCUGUAUUAUGACUACAAAAACAGCAUGGAACCAGAACCAGGGAGGUGCAGAAGAACAGAUGGGAAGAAAUGGAGGUGUAGCAAAGAUGUAGUUCCAAAUCACAAGUACUGCCAAAGGCACAUCCACAGAGGCCGUCAUCGUUCAAGAAAGCAUGUGGAAACUCCUCAACUACUACGCACCACUAGUACUACUAACACCACAUCCACAAGCACGAGCUAAGCUCCAAUUUCUCCAUUCUUUCUCCCCAAACAAGUCACUAGUAGUUGGAGCAAUAUUUUCCUUGAUUGGGUUUCUCUCCAAAGAUUGUUCUUGAUGUACAACAUGUGACAGAGGAGCUUCUGGAGCAAUUGGAUCGACAGAAAUCCAAAGUGAGGUUGUAUUAAUGUCCAAUGUUAAAAAUGUAAUUUGGGUGGAUUAGUUUGAAAUUUCUUCAAAUUUGAUAAUCUGAUUGGAAACGGUCCAUAGAGUGACAGUCACUAAUUUGCUAUCAUCUAUGUUGGAUUUUGGACAAAUUUUGUAAUUUGGGCAUCUGAAUUCUCAUUUUUAGAAAUAUUUGUUUUGUUUUGUUUUGAAGCAUUUCUUC